AUGGGUGGGAAGACCAUUCAGGUAUCAGGUUUCCGUCGAACCGACAGCGCUGACAAGGUGAAGGAUUUGCUGGAACGAGUUGCUGGUGCCGGCACGGUCUACGCAGCCAAGCUCAGGCACCCAAGGAAUACCUCCGGAACUUCAAGACCUUUUGCUAUUGUUCAGUUUCAGACCGAGGCACAUGCUUCUUCUCUGCUGCUGCGUGCCACUCAAAAAAACGUGCUUCGCAUCGGAGGUUAUUAUCUGAAAGUCCGGCCUGCACAGCAUGACAUUGUUCCAAGACCAAGAACUGCCAUCUUUAAUCUACGGGACGAUGCAGCAGUACUGCAUUUUGGUUGCCUGCUGAGCCAAGGAGAGAUGUCUGUCUUAUGGAGUACUGGAAGAGGAGUCUCGGUUGAGUUUGGAUUUGGCAUGAAGAAGAUUUACUUCUACCUCUUACACGACUCGAAGAAAUACAAGCUUGAGCUUUCCUAUGAGAGCAUAUGGGAGAUCCAGCUUUACCUUCCACCAUCCCUUUGGUCGCAAACAAAGUUCCUAGUGAUUCAGGUACAGGCUGCUCCAAAAAUAUAUGAAAGAUCCAUGCCAUGCUCUUCUGCUCCAGACUUCUUCAACUAUUUUAGGGAUGGAAAAGAUGACGAAUGGACCAGAACAACUGAUUUCACUCCAUCAGCUAGCAUUGGGCAAUCAUACAUCAUGUGUCUAGAGGUGCCAUAUCUGUGUGAUCUCCCAAACAUUGAUGAGUACUUUGCUUACUAUACAACGCAUGAUUCUGACUUCCAUCGCCGGAGAGGGUAUCCGUAUUCUUGCCAUAGUCGCUUUGUUCCCAUUGUGAAAUCUUAUUACUACACUGAUAUCCCCUAUGAGAUACUCUUCAAGAUCAACCACAUGGUUCAGAAUGGGAUACUCAGUGGGCCAACACUUGAUGAGAGCUUCUUCCGUUCGGUCAGCCCAUCAAUUCAAUGUAUUGACCAUAUAAAGCUUGCACUUGAAAAGCUGCUAUACCGUAAAAAGACCUGCUUGAAUCCAACAAGCUGGUUGUCUGAACAAUACUCAAAAUAUCGGAGAUCACGCUCCAGGAUAACAUUACCUUGCAUAUCUCUGGAUGAUGAUGAUGGGCUGGUUCGGGUCUACAGGGUGCAAGUUACUCCUGCCAAAAUGUACUUUUAUGGUCCUGAGAUUAAUGUCUCCAAUCGUGUUAUACGGCAUUAUGCUGCUGACUUGGAUAACUUCCUUCGGAUUUCAUUUGUUGAUGAGGACUUUGAGAAGCUUCGCUCGGCAGACAUAUCACCUCGCUCUGCUUCCCGGAGAACUGCUCUAUAUGACAGAAUUAUGUCGGUCCUUUCAGAUGGCAUCACCAUCGGUGACAAGAAGUUUGAGUUUCUAGCAUUUUCUUCAAGCCAACUCCGAGAUAAUUCUGCAUGGAUGUUUGCUUCUCGCCCAGGGUUAUCUGCCAGUGGAAUCAGGCAGUGGAUGGGGAACUUCGCUGGCAUCAGAAACGUUGCAAAGUAUGCUGCAAGGCUUGGUCAGUCUUUUAGCGCCUCAACGGAAACCUUGAAGGUAGAAAAGUAUGAGGUGGAAGAAAUUCCAGAUAUAAAGAACGGUACGAAAUACGAUUUCUCUGAUGGGAUUGGAAAGAUUUCAGCUGAUUGUGCAAAACAAGUGGCCAAGAAGUGCAAACUCAACCGGUUUACUCCUUCGGCUUUCCAGAUAAGGUAUGGAGGUUAUAAAGGCGUCGUUGCUGUUGACCCAGGAUCACAAUGGAAACUUUCGUUAAGAAAAAGCAUGUUGAAGUUUGAGUCAGAAAAUAUCACACUGGAUGUCCUCGCCUAUAGCAAGUACCAGCCAUGCUUCCUGAACCGGCAGUUAAUCAGCCUUCUUUCGACCCUGGGAGUGAGAGAUAGCAUCUUUGAACUGAAGCAACGCGAAGCUGUGGAGCGGCUGAACAGAAUGAUCACUGAAUCCCAAGCUGCUAUUGAAGCGAUUGAACUUAUGCCCAUGCGAGAAAUAAGCAAUACCAUUAAAGGAUUGCUUUGCGGCGGGUACCAGCCUGAUCUUGAGCCAUUUCUAUCUAUGCUACUGCAAACCUUGAGAGCUUUUAAGUUGCUAGAACUGAAAACGAAGUCCAGGAUAUUCAUCCCACAAGGACAGGCCAUGAUGGGAUGCUUGGAUGAAACCCGCACGCUGAGUUAUGGAGAGGUAUUUGUGCAAGCCUCUUUUACUGCAAAGAAUGACAGUGAGAAGAAAGUUGUGACAGGAAAAGUUGUGGUUGCCAAAAACCCCUGCCUCCACCCGGGCGAUAUCCGUGUUCUCCAGGCUGUUGAUGUUCCUGCUCUGCACCACAUGGUCAACUGUGUUGUGUUCCCGCAGCAAGGGCCAAGGCCUCAUCCUAAUGAAUGUUCUGGGAGCGAUCUUGAUGGGGACGUAUAUUUUGUUUCUUGGGACCCAGAUCUCAUUCCAACUCGUAUGGUGGCCCCUAUGGACUAUACUCCAGCACCAACAGAAGAACUAGACCAUGAUGUCCGGAUGGAGGAAGUACAUGAAUACUUUGCAAACUACAUAGUUAACGAGAGUCUGGGGAUGAUCGCCAACGCGCACGUAGUCUUUGCGGACAAGGAUCCUCUCAAGGCCGAGAGCGAACCCUGCAUUGAGCUUGCCAAGCUCUUCUCAGUCGCGGUCGACUUCCCAAAGACAGGAGUGCCGGCUCAGAUCCCACCUCACUUUCACGUGAAGGAGUACCCUGAUUUCAUGGAGAAGCACGACAAAGAGACCUAUGUAUCCAAUGGAGUGAUCGGGAAGCUCUACAGGGAAAUCAAGUGGCAGAACCCUCGUGUCGACCACUUCACAAGGGACGUGGCAAAACUUUCCUAUGACACUGAUCUGAUCGUCGAUGGUUACCAAUAUCACAUCGAAGAAGCUGAGCAGUUCAAGGAAGACUACGACAUCAAGCUGGGCAACCUGAUGGACCACUACGGGAUAAAAACCGAGGCUGAGAUCAUCAGCGGAUGUGUUCUCAUGAUGGCCAAGAAUUUCAGCAGGAGCAGCGACAAUGAGGCUAUUGCAGGUGCGGUGAGAUCUCUGCGGAGAGAAGCGAGGUCAUGGUUCGGCGAGACGGAGGAUGAGGACGAGGAUUGGCGUAGUGUUCAGGAAGCCAAGGCGUCCGCUUGGUACCAUGUGACCUAUCACCAGGAGUACUGGGGUCGUUACAACCAAGAAUGUGAGCGGCCACACCUCAUAAGCUUUCCGUGGUGUGUCUGUGAUAUGCUGCUGAACAUCAAGCAUAGGAGGAUGCGAAGAAAGAGGACCAAAACAUGA